AUGAAAACACGACGCCUCCUCACCGAAGCAUUCCCCGUCCUCUGGGCCAUCGCAUCCAUCUUCAUGGCCUGGAAAGCUCUCUGCGCACUCACCGGCACAGCACACCCCAUCAUGGUCGUCACCUCCGAGUCCAUGUCACCGGCCUUUCACCGGGGCGAUCUGAUUCUCCUCUGGAACCGAAAGGAGCAAAUCCAGGCAGGUGAUAUCCCUGUCGUCUGGUUUCCUGGCCGGCCAUUACCGAUGGUUCACCGUGCCAUCAAGGUAUCGCAGGAUGUUGACAAUCAUGGUCUAUCUAGACAAGUGAUUCUGACAAAAGGCGAUAAUAACGUUGCGGAUGACGUCGGGCUGUAUCCUGGUCGACGGACGUUUGUGUAUCGCGACGAGAUCAUCGGGUUAGUACGAGGCUAUGUGCCUAGUCUUGGAUGGGCGAGUUUGGUGGUGAAGACUUACCCGUGGGUGAUGCAGGGGGCGAGUGUUGCUGUUGCGGUGGGAAUGGUGUGCUGGAUGGUAUGACGGAUUGUGUCCGUAAAAGCGGAAUGAAGGAUUACUGUGAUAUGACUGUUUGUAAUUGGUAUCAAGAGUAGUUUCUGAAUCAGAUGCUGUAGAUCAAGUAUACGAGAUAUACUCCGC